UGUUAAUGUCUACUUAUUUAUUUUUUCUUAAAAUUAAUAAAUAAAAAAAAUAAAUUUCGUAUUGCCUUGAUUUCAAAUUAAUUGAUUAAUUAAUUUAAUUCAUUCAUUAAUUGUGAGAAAUAUUUUUAAAAAAUCAUAAAAAUACACUAUAGGAUAAAAUUAAGGUUAUGUUAUAAAUUUCUAUGUAUAUACACAAUCCGGCAGGAUUUAUCAUGUGUAUUUUUGAUGUUUUUCAAUAAGUAUUUACUAGUUUUAAUUAAUAAAUUGUUUUCUUUAAAAUGUUUUCACGGCUUAAAGUAACUACGUACUCCCGUAUGAUUUCAAAAUCAUGCUUAUUAUCACAGUCAUAUUCACAAAAUAGGGCUUUACAUGUUUUUCACAGAACGAAAGAUCAUGCUACAAAAACAAAUUGUUUAGGAUGUUUCUCGUCGUCUUCAGUUUAUAAUACUAGUUUUGUAAGAUAUGCAAGUACGAGCGAAACGCCAAUUACACCUUUGCAAGAAGAAUUACCUCUGAUUCCUGAUGCACCAAUAAUACCACCGGAAAUAACGGAAGUAAUUGGAGAAGCAUCUCUUCGAAGUUUUGAAUUAGGAUCAUAUUAUACUCCAGUUGGAUGGAUGCAACAUCUUUUGUUCUCAAUACAUACGACAUGUGGACUACCAUGGUGGGCAACAAUUAUUGUUGGAACAACAAUUUUAAGAUGCGCAACGUUGCCCAUUUUUAUAGCAACGCAAAGGCAUCUUGCACUUCGUGACGUAUAUAAAAAAGAUUUAUCGUACUUGGAUAAAAAAAGGAAAGAGGCAACAGAAGACAAUGAUCAUUUUAGAUCAAACAUGUAUAUGCAAAAACAAGAAAUAUUCUACGCUAAACAUGGUAUGUUGACAACAAUGAAAUUGGGAAGAAACACUGGAUUACAGGGACUUUGUUUUGCCUCGUUUUUCUUGGCAAUAAAUAAAAUGGCACGUGCUCCAUUACCAAGUUUACAGGAAGGUGGUUUAGCGUGGUUUCGAGAUUUAACUGUAACUGAUCCUUAUUAUAUAUUGCCAGUAAUUGGUUGUACUUUUACUGCUAUAUAUAUGUAUUUGACACCAACUCCCACAUUAGCAGCAUCCGUAAAUUUUAAUAGAAUUCAGAAAAUCAAAUAUGCCAUCCCUGUUAUUGCUUUAAUACCCAUGAUUUAUUUUAAAACAGCUGUAUUACUUUAUGGCAUAACAACAGCAUGGCUGACAUUUAUUUUUCAAGCUUUAGUACGAGUUCCAAAAAUAAGGGCUUUUUGUAAGAUUGCUCCAAUUAUCAAACAUCAAGAAAUACCUAGAGAUACCUCAUCAAAAAUUCAAAAUGAGUCAUUUUUAGAGCAGGUUAAAGAUGUUUUAAGGAAAAUAAAGAAAAAUAGAAAUCGCAGGUCGGCUAUGAGUUUGGAUCAAAGGCAAUUUCAAUCUGCUGGCAGAGGACCUCUGGUUAAAACAUAUAAAUUCGAUCCAACAAAAGUUACAAUGCGUAAAGAAAUUAAAUAGCUUUUUUAAAAAAAAUAAAUUGUAAAAUAAUAAAAGCGUUUUCAAAUUUUUUAUUCAUAAAUAGAUAAUAAAUCAUUGACAUGGAAAUAAGAUUGUCAACGUUUAGAAAAUAAAAGAUUGUUAAUUUAAAAUUUUGAUUUUUCUUAUAUAGUCAUCUAUUGUCGAUUAAAUUCAUAUUUUUUUGAAUAAAAAAGUAAUAUGUACAUUUAUUUUAAAUUUAAA